UAAGGAAAAGAAGUAUGAACAUACCAGUGGCUGGAGCAGAUAAGAUACUCUGGGUGUGUAGUUUGUUUCUUUUUUUCUGAAACUCUUCAUUUAGCACUAAAGCGGUACAUGUGUCAGAUGAUUCUAUGUUGGAAUUAAGCUCUUUUUCAUAGAUAUUUAUAAAUUAAGAAACUGCAGAUGGAGAGCUUAGAAAAAGACCAUUCCUAUUCUGAAAAUCCACAGCAGCCAGUGGUCGCAGCGGAGGACUAUGCAGUUCCAGGUAACAAAUAUUAUUCUGGGAAAGGGGAAUCUUCUAAUCCAAUUCUGUUAAAAUUACCUUCUCUCCAGUAGACCCUAUUUAACAGGGGCUGCACCUAUUUUUCUGGCACGUGUCUCUGAUAAAACUGUUCCUAUUUUUUACCUUUGGGGGGAAAUGUUGGGGAUAUGUCUUUCCCAAAUUUUCUUAGGCUGCAUUCCUAUAUUCACUUUCCUGGGAGUAAGUCCCAUGGAACUCAGUGGGGGCUUACUUUUGAGUAGGCAUGCAUAGGAUUACGUGCACAAGUGCAGCAGGAUCGUUCAGAUUUCAGCCCUUUCUUCACAAUCUUUAAAAACCUGAGAAUAUAAAUACCAUGGUUUUUUUAAGGCUGCAUUCAUGACGAUACGGUUAAAGCACAUUCAAAAGACAUUUCCCCCCUCAAAGAAUUCUGGGCAUUGUAGUUUGUUGUUGGCUACUGGGAAUUGUAACUCCAUGAGGGGAAAACUAGAGUGACCGGGAUUGUUCUAAAGGUAUAGUGCGUGUACACAACUGAAGUGUGCUGUAAGGUUACUGAACACAUACCCAGAAAAAUUGUUUGUUCUGGUCAGUUCCACUCUUAAUGACACAUUUGUCUUCACUCAAAGUUGCAUAUCUGAAUGGAGGGCAAAUUCAUCUCAGCAGCACAGAACCCCAGGAAACAGGUGUUUGAAAAACUGUGGGUGCAGGGACGUCAGAAGAGGCAUAGCUCCAUGGUCACUCUGCCUUAUGGGCUAUCUGCCUAAUAACGACAUCCUGGUAACUUGUAUGACAGUCUGGGGUUUUAAAGUUUUGCUGCUGAAUGCAAGGAUAGUUAAUGGCGCAGCAUACAUUAUCCAGAAUUUGAUCCUGCAUGAACAUGCUGACAUGGUAUGUAUCAUGGUGACCUAAUUGGAUGAGGUGCGUGUGUGAAUUUGUUUCAGUUGUGUCCACCAGGUUUUACCAUACAAUAGGAAGUUAGACCCAGGGGACAAGAAGGUGAAGUGCAAUGAUCUAUCCUGACUGCCAUCGCUUCAACCAGAUGCCCUAUUUAGCCUUUGCCAGGUUUUGAGUACGUAUUUCUGAAGCUGGGUGCUCAGAAUAGGACAAGGGCUCCAUUGGCUCCCAGUACGUUUCCGAGCACAAUCCAAAGUGUUGGUGUUGACUUUAAAGCCCUAAACAUAUACCUGAAGGAGCAUCUCCACCCCUGCCCAUUCAGCCAGGACACUGAGAUCCAGCACCGAGGGCCUUCUGGCAGCUCCCUCAUUGUGAAAAGUGUAGCCACAGGGAGGCAGAGGGCCUUCUUGGUAGUGGCACCCACCCUGUGGAAAGCGCUCCCAUCAGAUGUCAAGGAGAUAAGUAACUAUACAACCUUUAGAAGUCAUCUGAAGGCAGCCCUGUAUAGGGAUUUUUUUAAAAAAUUAUUGUUUAAUGUUUUAUUAUGUUUUUAUAUAUGUUGGAAGCCGCCCAGAGUGGCUGGGGCAAACCAGUCAGAUAGGCAGCAGAUGGAUGGAUGGAUGGAUGGAUGGAUGGAUUGGGCAACCCUAUUUUCAUCAAAGAAAUGUUAGAGGGUAUGCAAAUGGUGCAAGGAGUCUCCGGAGGUUUCCUACGUUUUCCUCCAGUUCAUGGAUCGGGGAUUGGAUCUGAAUGCUCAAAUAAAGCUUUUGUGCACUCCUAAUAUCUAUGUGGCCAAGUGGGUGUAAGGUAAAGUACCCCUGGAUGGUUAAGUCCAGUCAAAAGUGACUAUGGGGGGCAGCACUCAUCUCGCUUUCAGGCCGAGGGAGGCGGCGUUUGUCCACAGACAGCUUUCCGGGUCAUGUGGCCAGCAUGGCUAAGCCGCUUCUGGCACAAUGGAACACAGUGACAGAAGCCAAAGUGCAUGGAAACGCCGUUUACCUUCCUGCCACAGCAGUACCUAUUUAUCUACUUGCACGGGUAUGCUUUUGAACUGCUAGGUUGGCAGAAACUGGGAUAGACGAAUGGGAGCUCACCCCAUCAUGCAGAUUCGAACCGCCAACCUUCUGAUCGGCAAGCCCAAGAGGCUCAGUGGUUUAGGCCACAGCGCCGUCCGCGUGUUGGGGGUGGGGCCUGCUGCUGAAGUCCCACCCACCCCCAAUGCACUAUGACUGCAAACAUCCGUUGUGUGAACAGGACUUUUCUGCUCAUCUUCCUAACCCGACACUCAGGCUGAAAGGGUUCUCUUGGUGGUGGCGGCACCAUCCUCUAAUCUUGCAACCAUCUCAUCAAAUUCUAUUUCCUCCGGGAGUCGUCUCUUCCUCUACUUGCUUCUUUGCUCUUGCAGAGGUUGCUGUCACACGCCAUUUGAGAGACCGAGAGCUUCUCAGAAAAAGGAAAGCCGAGGCAGAAGAAAAAAACACUCACCAAUGGGUCCUGAGGUAAAUUAGGAGGAUGACAAUGGUGACAUUGUAGCCUAGAAUUUUGUGUUCAAGUAGUGUUAAAAAUGCUACGGCAAUGAGGAUUGGAAUAAUAUAUAUAAUUGGAUUAAUAAUAUAUGUUAUAGGUUUGUGCAUUAUUAAGAAGGGAAUUUGCUUCCCUGUAGAAAGAUUUUAGGUCUUUUGCAUUACUUGACUCUGCCACCUUAAUAAACCUGAUUUUGAUAAAUGAGGUGGGCAUGUUUACUACUUUAGUGGUAGUCAGUAGUUUUAAUUGGGACGUUUAUUUAGCAUGGGUCCCACUAUUUUGGUCCUUUGGUACUAAAAAUAGUGCUGCAUAGAUAAAAACCGACCCGGAUUUCUCCGGUCUGAAUUCAGAUCACGUAGGACUUUAAUCGUUGAACAAACGAACCUUUAAUAGCGGCUGCACUAUGGGGGUGCCCUGAUCCAACAUCGAGGUCGUAAACCCCCUUGUCGAUAUGGACUCUAGAAGGGGAUGGCGCUGUUAUCCCUAUAAAUUUUAUUCAACUGCCCAUUUAGUUUCUAAGAUGUCACCAUGCCAGGGUUUCUCAGACUUGGGUCUCCAGCUCUUUCUGGAAUACAACAGGACCAGUGGUCAGGGAUGAUGGGAAUUGUAGUCCAAUAACAGCUGGAGACCCAGCUUUUGGAAGCCCUGCACUAGGCAUUGCCUGUAUGCUUUCAAGCAUGUAUUUGAAAUUUAAGGCUAAAGGCUUGCUGGACUUAAAAACCACGCUAUACCUCAGCUAUGUGUAAUGUUAGUCCAGUGGUCUUGUCUGUACAGGACUGCAGAUAUUUGCACUAUUAUCCUAGACUUCUGUUUAUCUUUCAGAAAAUGGGUCCCUUGGCCUGGAGAGGGGAGUAGUUAAGGGGACAUUUUGGGAGUGGGGGAAUAGUUUGUAGGGGAACGGAUUAGCAACAAGGUUCAGCUGCCAACCACUCCCUCCUGUGGGCUAAUACUUCCUUUUUAUUAUUAUUAAAUAUAUAUUUAUUAAUUUAAAAUACAGUGGUACCUCGGGUUACAUACACUUCAGGUUACAGACUCCGCUAACCCAGAAAUAUUACCUCAGGUUAAGAACUUUGCUUCAGGAUGAGAACAGAAAUCGUGCAGUGGCGGCGCAGCGGCAGCAGGAGGCCCCAUUAGCUAAAGUGGUGCUUCAGGUUAAGAACAGUUUCAGGUUAAGAACAGACCUCCAGAACGAAUUAAGUACUUAACCUGAGUACCACUGUAAAUAGAUUUAUGAAAAACAGACGUACAUACAAGUAAACAAACAUACAAUCAAACAAACAAAUAACCGAAAAAUCAAACAAACCACCACACUAUAAGAUAUAAGGUGAUUAAUAUAAUUAUCAUCAUAUAUACUCCUGGGCUAAUGCUUCCUAUUCAGCUGCAACUAAAUGUGUAUUUUGGUCCUGAGAUGCUCAACGGCUGAAUCCCUCACCCUAGAUUAAGUUCUGUCCUCCCCCCCGCCCCGUGCUCUCACUGAAUCACCAUCACGGAAGCCAACCCGCAGUUAAAAAUGAAAGGCAGAAUUUCAAAAGGAGCCCGCCACUGAUUCUCGUGAACAUGCUUGCAAGCAGGGCCCUUCAAAGCAAUCCAUCAGAUCCCUUUAUACCAAAAUGCCUUUUGUGUACUACAGGGAGCAGAAGAGGAGCAAGCCAACAGGAAGGGGAAGAGGGGCCCGGAGGGGCAGGGCCAGGGGCCAGCAUCAGGCUCCAGAGCCAUGGAAAGAACCUCAGCCGGAAACAGUGGUGGAGGAAGAGAAGCCUGAGCUACAGGUGACUAAAUUGGAGGAGGAGGCGGCCCAGAAGAGUCUAGAUCUCCCAGCGAAGUCUUCUAUCCCUUUUCUGGAAGCAGGAGAACUAUAUACUCAGAAGGAACUAGCGGAAGGAGUCCCCCUUGCGAGUGCUGCUGAGGAGCUGUGCACUCACCAGGAAACAACUGGUGAAACCCCAGCCGGAAGUGCUGUUUUCUCCAUGGGUAAGGAGCCCGCAGUCUGUAAGAAUGAAUGUGUGCUUCCUGAUGACCUGUUUGUUGAUCAUUCUCCAAUUUGUUUGCAGAUCCAUUAGACAUCACCGUCUGUUUUGAUGCACAUUCGUUCAGAUUUUUUUAAAAAAGGGACUUUGGACUGGUCCACACUGGAACAAAUGUGGACUCCAUCCUUAGGGCUGUCCCACCCAGACCGUUCUCACUUUAAAUGCAGGGUUUCUCUGAUUCGGAAAAGCCCUGCAUUUUUUUAUAUUGGUUUCCACAUAUUACAUUACAAUACAGAUGUACCAAAGCCAACAACAUUUCUCCCCCAUCUCCCCAUACAUUUACAUUUAUAUUUCCUCAAUCCAUCAUAUUAUUCUUUUCUCCUUCCUCCCACUUCCCUCCGCCCCCACUCGAUUUCCUCCACAUUAUACAAUUAACAAUAAUCUUUGCAUUCUACAAUCUUCUCAAAUCAUCUAUAUAUUCUUGUUAUCUAUUCAUCAAAACAUUUCCACUCCUUUUUAAAUUUUUGAUUCGACUGAUUUCUUAUUAUAGCAGUUGAUUUUGCCAAAAUUAAAUAUUCAUUUAGUUUACAAAUCCAUUCCUCCUUUGUGGGUAUAGUUUGUGACUUCCACCUAGCAGCAAUCACUAUUCUAGCAGCUGUACUUGCAUAUAGAAAACCCCCCCCCGGUGGUAUCUCUUCAUCUAUCAAUCCAAGGAGAUAUGUCUCUGCUUUCUUUGUUAUUGAUAUUUUCAACAUCUUCUUUAGUUCUUCACGUACUACUAUCCAAAAUUUCUUAAUUUCCUCACACCUCCACCACAUAUGUAUUGUUGUUCCUAUUUCUCCACCACAUCUCCAACAGAGGUUGGAGGAAAAGCCCUGCAUUUGAAGGGAUAAUGAUCUGGGACAACACUGGGUUGGGCAGGAUGUCGUGUGUACACCCCUACAUGAAUGGGAAGACACAGUGAUGUGAAUCCACAUUUUGCUCCAGUUUGGACAAGCCCUAAGCAUCAAAGCACUCUCCCCCACCUGCAAUAGCCAGAAAUUGGUAUUCAGAGACGUACUGCCUCCAACAGUGGCGGUAGAACCUAGUCCUUUGAAGCAUUUUGUUACCUCUGCUUACCCCAGUAACUGUAUCUCAGGCCUCACUAGUCGAUUGGAUCAAAUAAGGAUUCAGUCGUUGCUCCAGCUUUACUGCUGGGACUGAAUCGGCCCUAACACAUAGCACAAAUCCAUUGCUUUGCCCCAACCUCCUGGAUCAUAAAGCUGCAGAAACACUGAAUAAAUAUAAUUAUUUGCUGCUUUGUUAUAGAAAUUGCCUGGGUUGCCCUAACAAAGGCAACCUAAAGCUAAGCAGUUAUCUGAAACAACAACGUGACUUACCGUAUUUUUUGCUCUAUAAAACUCACUUUUCCCCUCCUAAAAAGUAAGUGGAAAUGUGUGUGCAUCUUAUGGAGCGAAUGCAGGCUGCGCAGCUAUCCCAGAAGCCAGAACAGCAAGAGGGAUUGCUGCUUUCACUGCGCAGCGAUCCCUCUUGCUGUUCUGGCUUCUGAGAUUCAGAAUAUUUUUUUUCUUGUUUUCCUCCUCCAAAAACUAGGUGUGUCUUGUGGUCUGGUGCGUCUUAUAGAGCGAAAAAUACGGUAGUUAUUGGAAGCCUCUUGACCUCUGAAUUGCUUUUUGUUACACAAAGGGAGAAUACAAAUAGUUUUUGUUCUAAUUAUUCUCCAUAUUCUUCCCCUUCAUACCUGCUACUAUGAAUUGUUGAUGUUGUUACAGGUAAUGAAAAAUAAUGAAAAAACCUUAAUAACUUACAGGGAGAGCGUAAAGUUUAGCUGGAUUGGGGCCAUAGGGAUGAAUGCAACAUAGUGCUAAGGGGAGUGUUCUUGCAGCGCAAGCAUUUUAGCUCGUCAGGAAGAACAAUCUCCAUGCUACUGUUUGGGGGUUCCCCCGAUUCCUGCCCCCUCAAGCAAUGGGGAGGGCUUGCUGGGGGUGGGGGAGAGAAAGGGCAAAAGCCCCUGUUGUGCCAGCAGAAGCUCUUGUAUUGGUUUCCGCUAACAGGGAUCAUUUGUAGAAUCCGGCCCAUAUGUUUGAUCAAGAUGAAAUGUUGUGUUAGCCAUCGGUCUUUUGUUUUGCCGUAUCUAGUAGUUACUGUGAAUACUAGGUAUUACUGUGUUGCAGUGGCAUAGCGUGGGUUGCCAGUGCCCGGGGCUGCACGGAGGGGGUGGGUGGAAAGGAAAUGGAUGAAUUACGCAUGCAGAUUCACCUGCCUAAUGGCUUCCAUGUCACCCAGGAGAUUGCAGCCACAGAGAUAAGAAGAGUCGUUCCAUCGUCUGGAGAGGUCACUUCCUGGUUUGCAUUGAGCAGCUGUUUUCAAUAGCGCCCAGAAGUACGCAGUUGUAUUGAGGCAGCACCAGGUGUUCAAUUUUUGCGCCCCCUAACAAUUUUGCACCCGGGGCAACUGUCCCUGUGGCCCCAACCCCCAUGCUACGCCAUUGUUGUGUUGAUUAUUGCUGGGACUGCCUCAAACAAACAGAAACCUUUAUACUUAAUGUUUUCUUCCUUUUCAGAACCAGAGGAGACACCAAGAUCAGAAGAACCAGGAGAAAUUCCUCAGUCCGUGGAAAAUGAUCAUUUGGAACAAAAGUUCUAUGGCUUGCUUUAAUUGGCAGUAAUUUUUCACUGUUCAACUUGAAACACUGUUAGAAUACAUGAUACCUGCUAUUCUUGUGUGAGCAAUAAAAGCCAGCGCCCUUUGCUGCUGUCACCUUUCUGCAAUUUCCUUGGAAGUCAUAAUCCCUGAAACGCUCAAUAGCUCUGUUACAUGCUUCCAAUUUCCCCAUGACAUUAUAAGUUCCGGAGCCAGCACGAC